AUGGAGCCUGAGAGCAGCUCCCAACAGCAGAGCCAACCCCCAUCAAAAAGCAUCACCAAUGCCUCAAACACUGGUCCACCGACAUCGGCGGAUGAUGCUUCACAAACCCACAGCAAUGGCCCAGCACCAGAAGUUCGUUCAGUUCUAAGACGCCUAUAUAUCUCACACACUCUCUCGGCAUGGAAUUCACGCAUGUUCGAAUUUGGCGCCGUGCUCUUCCUAGCGUCAAUAUUCCCGGGUACACUGCUGUAUGCUUCGAUAUACGCUCUAGUACGAGCCUUUUCAGCCGUCGCGCUAUCGUCCUGGCUGGGUGCGCAAGUUGAUCGAUCGGACCGGCUCGUAGCCGUGAGGCAUUCGAUUGUGUGGCAAAGACUCCCUGUCGCAGUGUCGUGCUUGUUCUUCGUAGCGACUCUGUCCAUCGACUCAUGGAUGCUUAAGAUUGUCUUGUUCGCUGUCCAGGGCUUGCUGGCUUGUUUAGAGAAAUUGGCCGCGACGGCUAAUACAGUGGCUGUAGAACGGGACUGGGCAAUCGUGAUCUCGGAGAGUAUCAAUAUCCCUCGACAAGAUCUGAACGCCUCAAUGAGACGAAUAGAUCUCUUCUGCAAACUUCUAGCACCAGUAUUCAUCUCCUUGAUCGACAGCAUAUCAACCCAAUACGCAAUCUGGACAGUAUUCACCCUGAACACCACAUCGGUGCUGGUCGAAUACAUCGCCAUUGCCCAGGUCUACCGAUCAGUCCCAGCUUUAACCAAGAAACAAGCUGCUACAGAUGAUACAAUCAACGAGUCCACACCACUCCACAAUCCAUCCCAAGAGAUAUCCCCCUCACUGCCAGAGUCGUCUCUGGCACCUUGGAAAGAAUACAUAGCCAGCCCCGUCUUCCUAGCAUCCUUCGCCCUAAGCCUCCUCUACCUAACAGUCCUAUCCUUCGGCGCAACAAUGGUCACAUACCUGUUACAAGCGGGCUUCACCUCGCUCCAGAUUAGUUACAUGCGCAUCGGCGCCGUGGCCGCCGAGCUAUCCGGCACAUGGACAGCACCUAUAAUCAUGAGACGGAUUGGCCCGAUCCGGUCCGGACUGUGGUUCUUGAAUUGGCAAUUUGUCUGCGUGGCUGGAGCGGCCGUGGCGUUCGUUACUUGGGACUCGGGUUCGCAGUUCGUGGCGGGUAUGCUGAUUGCGGGUGUUGCUUUGAGCCGGGUUGGACUUUGGGGGUUCGAUUUGUCGGUUCAGUUUCUUGUUCAGGAGAAUAUCAACGAACAUGCUCGUGCACGUUUCUCAGCGACUGAAGUGGCCCUGCAGAAUGUUUUCGAGAUGCUUUCAUAUGCAUCGACGAUUGUUUUCCCGCUGCCGGAGCAGUUCGGGUAUCCCGUGUUGAUCAGUUCUGGGGCUGUGGCGGUUGCUGCUGCAUGCUUUGCGGCGUAUGUGCGCAAGGAGCGAGGGCAUUUACUGCAUCGAUCACGGUGUAUGGGUGGGGAAAAAGUGUCAUAUCGAGAGAUUCAGUCUGAGGAGGUUUAG